AUGACAACCCCACCACGCCGUAAGAGAAACCCCACCUCCGCCGCGAACCACCGCGAAAACUCCCCUAAAUCACCGGAAAAAUCAAUACCCAUCACCAAAACACUCUCAAAAACCCCAGAAGCCCACAGAGUCUUCACCGAAAAUGACGAAAUUCAACUCCUCAAAACCAUCUCAGGCUCCCCAAACAACUCUGAAUUCACUUCUAACGGCAAUUUCACAGAGAAACAGAUCGCAAAAAAGCUGAAAAGACUCAAAGAAAAGUACCACAAGCUCGCUAGGUCCAAAUCCCUUAUUAAAACCCCACAUGAUAAAAAGAUUUACGAAAUUGCCCGCCAGAUUUGGGGUCGAAACGCUGCUAAGGGAAAAGAACCAGGGGUAGAAUUGCAUAGAAGUUGUGAAGAAGAAAAAGGAGCUGAAGUUGAAGUUGAAGUUGAAGAAGAAGUGAAUUUGGAGGAGUUUCCUUUUUUGGUAAGUGAAAUGAUGAGUAUUUUUGGGAGAAGUGAGUAUUGUAAAGAAGGAUUGAGGAGAUUGGGAAAGGAGAAAUUGAAGAGGAUGAAUGAGAAGUGGAUGGAGUUGAGAUUGAAAGAAGCUGAGAUUAUGGUGAAUAAGGCUAAGUUGUAUCAUGAGCAGUUGAAAUUGGUUGUUGAAGGUUCUAAGGGGACUGACAAUGAGGCAAAUUGA